UAUCCACGUGCCUUCUCCAGUCACGUGACGUACAGCUGUCUAACGUCACAGCAGUCGUCGGUCGGGAUAAUUCCACAUGAGCGAAAAAUGGCGUUCACAUUCGCGGCCUUUUGUUAUAUGUUGGCGCUUCUGCUGACGGCGGCGCUUAUUUUCUUCGCUAUUUGGCAUAUAAUUGCAUUUGAUGAGCUGAAGACUGACUAUAAGAAUCCUAUAGACCAAUGUAACACGUUAAACCCGCUCGUCUUGCCGGAGUACCUCAUCCAUGUGUUUUUCUGCGUAAUGUUCCUGUGCGCCGCUGAAUGGCUGACACUUGGACUCAACAUGCCCCUGCUGGCCUAUCAUGUCUGGAGGUAUAUGAGCCGCCCUGUGAUGAGUGGACCUGGAUUGUAUGACCCCACCACGAUAAUGAACGCAGAUAUUCUGGCAUACUGUCAGAAGGAGGGCUGGUGCAAACUUGCAUUUUACCUCCUCUCGUUUUUCUACUAUCUUUACGGGAUGAUCUAUGUUUUGGUGAGCUCUUAAUCUGGAUACUGCUGCAAAGUGUAUAUGAAGGCGUUUGAGAUGCUGAUUUUAAAACCCAAAUGGAGCUGAAUUUGGACUCGGACAUCUCUCUCAGUUCUGCUCGGCUGUUUCCAGUGGACAUUGACUUUAUUUACUCCUCAUCAGCCAAGAACGAUUCAGGACGCAAGCAGCCCGCACAACUCCAGAAACCACACAUGCAAAAAUAAAUGAUUACCAACUCUUAAGUACAACCUGUUUAGACCUAUACACACUUGCUGCACCAAUGCCAAAGCUCUUCACACACUGAAAGCAUCAGUAGAUGAGAUGAAACCGUUUACAUUGACCAGAUCAUGUCCAAAGCAGAUGCACAAGGGCUUCAAACUAUACCGCUGAUGGAUAUGUGCAGAGAUUUUACUCUUGUGUUUUCAAACUGUGGGGCAAAAUAAAGAUCUUGAUUGUAGCAUUUUUACAGACUUAUUUUAUCUUCACUAUAUUACUGCCUUGUAGCUCAGUCAGUUCUUUAAUUUGACCUUCAGUGUUGUGUGCUGCUUUGGUAAUUCAUGAUCUUUUGAUGUUUUUGAGCUCAUGCUCAUGGUCUGCUUUAUGUUGAUGGUUCUUAUUAGAUAAACCUCCAUUUCAAGUGUUAAAACUGCUGUUUUUCUGUCUUGUUGGAAGCAAAUGAGGACUGAUGCUUUAAGUGUGUUGAAGGCUUUGCUUCGCUCUUAACCCUGGAAAUACUCCACAUGUAACCUUUUUUGCUUUUAAAUUUAUUUGUGUGCAUUUUGUAUUUCUAAGUGGAAUUGUUAUCUGAUUUAGUUUUAUUUCUGUUGUUUAUGUGAGAUAGCAGAGAUGAGUGUGGACACUAUUUUGGACACUGGUUUGAUGUUGGCAUGAUCUCAGUGUGCCAAGAUUUUUUUUUUUUUUUUUUAAAUCCUGUCAGUAAUCACAGGCUGACAGAGAGGCUUCAGUCCUUCAGUGAUGCUGUAGUUUGCAUCUGGAUUUAGAGCAGCGCUGUGUGGAAGGAUCCUUGACUACACUGGGAGUCAAUGCAGUUGUUCCUAAUCACCAAGCUGGACCACCAAGGUGAUGUUUAGAGUAAUAGGUUAUUUUUGACUUUUACCUGUGAUUGUUUUAGGAAUAUUUUUGUUUGCCCUUUUUUUGUGUGUGAGUGAAUCCAGCUUGAUAUGUGCGUUUGAAUGUUAAAAAGUCUUGCAAGAGCUGUAGUAAAUUGUGAUAUUUUUUUGCUUGUAAUAUUGCUUUAAAGUUCCCAAUAAAGUCCUCCAUAGACAAACUUCUCAUGA